AUGGGAUCCCCCUACGAGCAGGCGGGCAGCCCGGCCAUCGUGGCCCUGCAGCGGAACGACCAGGUCACACUGCGGCUGCGGAUCCAGGCGCGCACUUCGUUCACCGGCCUAGCCCUGUCCGUGCUGGUUGUGGGCGCCCAGAGCAACUCGUCCUCUUCGGCCGAUGUGUUCUGGGACCUCGAGCGCCUUGACCUGCCGCCGCACCACCACCAGGCUGAUGGCGCAGCGCUGUACCACAUCGCCACUUAUGCUCUGGACGACCUCAAGUGGACACGACUGGAUGAUGAGGGAAUGGCCACCGCCACGCUGCACGUGACCGUGCUCGAGUCCAACGUGGUCAUCCUGCGGCACAAGUUGGUCUACGAAAGGUCGACGUCGCAGACCACCAACACCAGCGUUGCUCACUCCCCACCUUGA